CCGCUCUCUCAUGCAUGCACUAGAACCCGGAGAUAUACCGGCGCGAACCGCAGCAGUGGUAUCGGCAUCAUCAAUUUUCUGGGGCUCCGUCCAGAUAGCGUCAAGCUCUGUGAGAAUGCGCUUGUGCUCAUGCUAUAUACACGCGGUACCGUAGUAGCGAGAACUUGGUCUGGUUGCCGCAUCUGUUGAACCUCAUAGUAGCACACAGGUUAUGCCACAAUCGUCCAGAUCAUUUUGCACCUAGUCACAAUGUCCAAGCAAGCAGCUAGCGCCCAGUUCCACCUUCUCAAGGCCCUCAACAGGUGGCCCAAGGACAAUCUUCGGCCUACCGUCCAGCUCCAGGAAGUUCUGAAGAAGCGAUUCGAGGGCAAUGCCUCAAGUUUGUCCGAGGACGAGAAGCUGAGACAGGCCAAUGCCUUAUACUCGUUACUGGACAACCGAUACAAGAAGAAGUACCCCAUCAUCGGAGAACACUCAUUGCUCAAGCCUAAGAGCAACCCAACCUACUUCAGCGACCUCGUGCGAGAAAUGGAAGACGCCCCGAGUCGAUCCUGGGUGGAUAGACAGCUGCUCUGGCUCAAGGGACUCAUUCGUCUCAAGUGAAAACAGUCUUGCACGGAAAAGAGGCACAUCUUUGGGUACCAUAGGUCAAAGUGCCAAGUCGGACAGGUAGAACCGGCAUGUACAUCUCAUGUAUAAACGAAUCAAUAUU